UUUGCCCAGAGAGGGAGGGAGAUCCAGUGCUACGUCAAACGUUAGCACGGUCCGUUUUUAAAAUAUAAAGCUUCAUUUAUUAGUUUUUCGUCUUCUUAAGGAAAAUAUUAUCAGUUUUAUUCACUGGAAGUACUCACGUAAUAACAAGGUCAGUGAGGAUGCCUACUGUGAAGUAUCAGAAAGGGGACAUGGUAAUGGGCCGCUGGCCUGGAAGUAACCUGUAUUAUGAGGUCAAGGUGCUGGGCUUUGAUGCCAACGAGCAGCUUUACACCGUCAUCUACAAGGAUGGCACCGAGCUGGAGCUCAGGGAGCAAGACAUUAAGAGCAUUUUGGGUUUCCAGGUCCGGUCUCGCUCCCGCUCUCGCUCUCGCUCCAGAUCACCAGGUCGUCCUCGUCGCAGCCGGUCACGCUCCCCAGCAAGGACCACACGCCGCACAUCCUCUCGCACAUCGGCAGCUGUCGCUACUGUAGCUAUAACCGAGAGGAAGGAUACAAAGAAGGAUGAAGACAGACUCAGUUCCCUGCAAGAGACAAAGGCACCUGAGAACAAUAGCAACAAUAAGCAUGAAAAGACAGAGGAGAAUAACACUGCUAACAAAGUAAAUGAGAAGUCUGCAGCCAUGGUAGAGGCAGAGGCUGAGAAGAACCAAGGCCGUUACAAUCUGCGCCGCAGGAAGGACGACGGUGAGUCCAAACCAGUGGAAACCAAACUAGAGCCGCUGGAGAAGAAGGAUGCCAAGCUGGCUGCACCUCCCGCUGCCAUCCUCUCCACCCCACUGGACUUUGGAGGGAAGAUGGGAGCAUACUUCUGGCUGCUCUUCCUGCCAGCCUGGGUUCUCUUCAUAGUACUUCAAGUCAACCAGGAAGACCCCAGCCUGACCAAUGUCCCUCCCCCUCUGCCCCCCCUUGAAGCCUUCUUGGAUGCCCAGGCUCUUGGCUUUGUCCUCCUCUGGAUCCUUUUCCAGGUCCUGCUCUACAUUCUGCCUGUUGGAAAGCUGAGCGAGGGCAUGCCUCUGCGGUCUGGGAAGAGGCUCAAGUACAGAACCAAUGGUUUCUUUGCCAUCGUGGUGAGUUGUGUCGUGGUGGCAGCAGCGGUGCAUCUGGGUGUUGAUCUCACCUACAUCUACAGCAACUUUCUGCAGCUGGCCGUGGCCUCCUUCCUCAUCUCCAUCCUGCUCAGCAUCUACCUGUAUGUGCGCUCUCACUAUGCUGCCCCGGAGCAGCUGGCACUGGGGGGAAGCUCAGGCAAUAUGGUUUAUGACUUCUUCAAAGGACAUGAGCUCAACCCCCGCAUCAAAGACUUUGAUCUGAAAUUCUUCUGCGAGAUGCGCCCUGGUCUGAUUGGCUGGUGUCUGGUGAACUUUGCGAUGGCGCUGGCUGAGAUGAAGGUGCAGGGUCUGGAUGCUCCCUCUCCCUCCAUGAUCCUGGUGAACAUCUUCCAGCUCCUCUAUGUGGUGGACGGCCUUUGGAAUGAGGAAGCCAUCCUGACCACCAUGGACUUGAUGCACGAUGGGUUUGGCUUCAUGUUGGCUUUUGGUGAUCUGGUGUGGGUCCCCUUUACCUACACCCUGCAGGCCUACUACCUGGUCACCCGGCCCACCCCCCUGAGCCUCCCUGCCAUCGCAGCCAUCAUCACACUCAAACUCGUUGGCUUCUACAUCUUCAGAAAGUCCAACUCUGAGAAGAACGCCUUCAGGAGAAACCCAGCAGACCCCAACCUGUCUCAUCUGAAGACGAUCCCCACAGCUACAGGAAAGAGUCUUCUGGUGUCUGGCUGGUGGGGAGUGGUCCGUCACCCCAACUACUUGGGAGACCUUCUGAUGGCUCUGGCCUGGUCCCUACCCUGUGGCUUCAGCCACAUCCUGCCAUGGUACUACAUGAUCUACUUCAUCAUCCUGCUGGUGCACAGAGACUCCCGCGACAUGAGCGAGUGCAGAAGGAAGUACGGCUCGGCGUGGGACGAGUACUGCCGAACAGUUCGCUACCGCAUCAUUCCCCGCGUCUACUGAGGAACCCGGACACUCCUGAGCUGAGGUCUUUUUCAACCCAAUAUUAUGGCUGUGAAGGCUCACCAAAAAAACUUCAUAUGAAUGGAUUGAUUGACUGAUUUGACUUUUAUAAUCUUUUUAUGUUUUUUAAAUUUGAUUCUGGACUGAAGGAGCUACAGUACUUGAAUAUUAUGAACAUUGGUCUCAUUGGUAUUGUGGACUAUUAAAAGAAUUGCCUUUUUAAAUAGAAAAUACUCAAAUCUAGACUUACAAAGUUUUCAAAAUCUGUGAGAAAAAACACCGCCUCUGCUAGGAAUGUGUUGUUAGGAUGUAUAUUUUUGUAUAUACACAUUUGUUUUUAUACUCAAAAUCUCACCAUUUGCAUAAUUUUGGUAAGUUUCACUCUUUGAUCCCACAUUCAAAAUGCUACAAUAUCAGCUUGGCUAUAAUGAAUUAUUUUGUAAACAGCCUUCCUACUAUAAUGCUAUGCUUGUAUAUUGUGAAGAAGUAACGUGCACAGUGGAACUAGGACUCAUGUUCUCUCUCAGGAUCCAGAACUUUAUCACAAAGUUGAAUUAGAGACGUUUUGUCUUAAGUUUUGUUGUUUAUCUUUUUUUAUAUAGUUAUCUAGUUUUGAAUUGAGUGUAAAAUAAUAUUGGAGGGUUCAAGAAAAAUGCACUACUGAAUUAAGGAAUGUUUUUUUCUUACAUGAUCAAUCCCAAAGUGUAUUUGAUUUGGCUUUGCUACCUCAGGUUCACUCACUCUGCAGUUCUUCAGUGUGUGUAAUUAUGAGCGUCAUGUCAUUGCUUUAAAACAGGAAAAUCAGUUUCACUUAGGGCUGCACGAUUAUGGCCAAAAUGAUAAUCACGAUUAUUUAGAUCAAUAUUUUAAUCAUGAUUAUUAAUCUCGAUUAUUCAUCAUGUUAGGGAAAACAUCUGUAUUUAUUUUACUACUUUUAAACAAACAAUAGGAACAGUUUUUAGUGUGUGCACAGAGUGUCCGGUGCUUGAACACCUCCUGCAGCAGCAGCACAUACACACUGUACUGCUACAGAGCUAACUGUUAGCCUUUUGGCAAUUUGCAGACUGGACGCUAAGGGGUUAACAUCCCCUCCGGCUCUGCAGCUGGGAGAGACUGCUGCGGUAGGACUGUGCUGCUUCGACUCCUUCUUACUCUUACUUACUCUAAGCCUCCGGCCCCUGCAGCUCGUUAAGAAGAGUAAGAACGAGGCUCCAAAAGUCUCCAAUAACAGCAGAAAAAGUUGCUGGAUUUGUUGCCAGUCGCUUUUUUGGGGGGGGGAAAGUCGCUAUGGGGGACUAAAAAGCAGAUAAAUAUAGCAACAAAGUUGCUAAGUUGGCAACACUGUUUCGCCAGCUUUUACAAUUGUUGUGAUGUCCAGUACUACGUCACAUCCUGCUUAGCACUCGCUCGUUAUUUAUUUUGUCAGCUAUAUGAAACCUUAACUAUGCGUUCGCCCCCUGGUGGUUGGUGGACUACUGGUGUAGAAAGUGCUUGAUUAGAUAUGCAGAAGAGCUGCAUUUUAAAAUGGAAAUAUCACAGACGAUCAGGUUAAUGUAAUCGUGGCGGCCAAAAUCGUGAUCACGAUUAAAAUUUGAUUUAUCGUGCAGCCCUAGUUUCACUUGUUUUUCCUUCCAAUGAUAGUAUUAGUAUCCGUUAUAAACCAGUGGCACGUGUCCUGCCUAACCUGAACCCAAACCCUUGCAAACUGCUUCGACUUCCUGCAUUAUUCCAGCGCUGAAGAAACCAUCUUGUUCUGCCAGACUCUGGAGCACGUUCUCUAUUCUCCACCACUGUCACAUGAAUUUGAUUUGAACGUAUUUAAGCUUUAAUUUGCAGGUCAUAUGACAAUUUUAAUGAAGUUUAUACUGUGACAACAGAGCAUUGACUGUGUUAGCAUUUACAAACUGCAUUUGCAAACCCAAAAAGUAUUUUUAUGCCUUUGCAGCUGUCAAUGACAUACGUAGCAAUAUUUUAACUAGACUAGGUAGCAUUUGUUAUGCUGUGCUGACUGAAUAUGUAAAUAUUGUUUUUGUUUUUGGAAAUCAUGUUAUAUACAGUAAAAGAGGUUAAAGUAGUGAUAAUGGUAAUGUUUCUUAUUAGAUAUUUAAUAUUGCUUUUUACUUGUUUAAUUUUUUUUUUUUUAAGUUAACUUUGUAAUUUUGACCACUGUAGUAAUGUUUACACCUAGAUGGACAAUACUUCAAAAUGUCUUAAAACAAAAGUCCAAUGGUCUGAUCCUUACCUGAUCAGAGAAAAAUCAUGUUUGAUGCUCGAGCUGACCCCAGUCACAUUAUUAUGGUGAUAUAUAAUAUAAUGAAGGUGAACCAGUGUUCUUGGUUUGACGGUCUGAGUUAAAAGCAAUACAUUGGAUGUAGACAUGUGACAACAGGUCCAGCUGUGAAGAUGAAGCACAUCUGUGACAGUGGCUGGGAAAAAUGCUUAUCUAUACAAAUGUUGCAGCAUAAAAAUAAAGAUUUACAGUAUUUCCUU